AUAACGCAAAGACUAUUCAAUGUUCCUUAUCAGCAUUUGAGCUCUUAAAAUACUUAUAGAAAUAUAUAUGUAUCAUCAUGUUGCUGAUUAAUAUUGUCAUAUUAUUAACACUGGUGAUUUCCAGUGCUUGGACUGACGAAGUUAAUGAGAAACCCUUGCAGGAUUUGGUUGAUUUCACUAACGGAGAAGUACAUUAUUGCGGUUAUCAGGCGCAUGAAAUUGUUCGCUCGUGUUUGAAUACUUAUGACACUAAAUAUGCCAGAGUUGGAGAAUUCCCCUGGACGGUACGGAUCAAUGAUAAGAAUGGUUAUCUUGCAGCAGGCACUUUGCUAAAUAGGGCACUCGUCUUAACGGCCAGCCAGUUUAUUAAAAAUAAACAAGUGGAGGACUUACAAAUUGUUGCUGGAGAUUGGGAUAUAUUAAAUAAUUUCGAAGAAGUUCCAGAACUAUAUCGAACAGCUGUGAGAAUUGAAAGGAAUGAGGACAUUGCUCUUAUUUUCUUGAGUAUGCCCUUCAGUCCUCAGGAAUAUAUAUCUGGCCUGUGCCUGCCCACAUUGCAGGCAAACUUUGUGGAAAGAGCUGCAGCAACAACAGCUUGGAUUGGAAACUUUAGUAAUACAGAUAAACUGACGAAGAAAAAUUUUAAAAUACAGACUCCAUCGGAUUGCUUUUCCGAAUUAAACAAUGACACUAGAGUGUACGCCGAAUCUGGGAAAUUUACGGAUGCAAAGCACAUAUGCGCCUUUGAUGAGUCCUAUGAGAAUCCUUGUGGACUCAACAAUGGAGCUGCACUUUUUUAUGACAUCAAUAACAGUAUCGACCAUCUACCGCGUUAUCUUAUGGCUGGUAUUGCACUGGAAAAAGAAAACUGUAAACCAGGUUUGCAGGAACCGGCUUUAUUUAUAAAUAUUUUACCUUACAUUUCAUGGAUUGAAGAAACGUUCAACAAAUCCUGAUUUUAUGAGAAUGUUAUAUACUUUUUCAAUAAAGAUGACAGAUAACCGA